GCGGGCGGGCGGGCGGCGGCGGCGGCGGCUGCGGCAGCUUUGGGAAGCGGAGGGACGCGGCCGGGCGGCUCGCCUGACCUGCGUGCCCCCCACCUCCCCGCCCCCUCCCCUGGCUGCUCCGGGGUGCCCCGAAGGAUGUCCGCCCAGUCCAAGGGGACCGCAUCCUCUUCUUCGUCGCCGUCCGAGGGGCCGCCGGCAGCCUCCAAAGCGAAGGUGAAGGAGCAGAUCAAGAUAAUCGUGGAGGAUUUAGAAUUAGUCCUGGGGGACCUGAAAGACGUGGCCAAGGAACUUAAGGAGGUCGUUGACCAGAUUGACACGUUGACAUCUGACCUGCAGCUGGAGGAUGAGAUGACAGACAGUUCCAAAACGGACACUCUAAACAGCAGCUCCAGCAGCACAACAGCUUCCAGCCUGGAGAAGGUGAAGGUGCGGGGCACUACUCCGCUCAUUAAGAACCCUGUGCAUCCCUCUGCUAUCCUCACCGUGCUGCGGAAGCCGAAUCCCCCUCCACCCCCACCACGACUGACACCUGUCAAGUGUGACAAGCCUCUGAGGCCACCUCCUUCGGCCAACCCUGUCAAAACUAAUGGUACCCUGCUGCGAAAUGGGCCCAGCCGCAUCCCAAAUGGGGAUUUGUGCUGUAUACCAAACAGUAACUUGGACAAUGUUGCAAUUCCACCUCUAAUGCAUAGACCUGAGAAAGAGCGGUGUCCUCAGGCAGGUGCAAGAGAACGGGUACGAUUUAGUGAAAAAGUGCAGUAUCAUGGCUAUUGCCCAGACUGUGAUGUUCGGUAUAACAUUAAAAACAGGGAGGUGCACUUGCACAGUGAGCCUGCCCAUCUUCUGGGAGCGCUGCCGCAUCAGUGCCCUCCUCUGCCACCCCCACCGCCUCCGCUGCCUCCGUUUCCUCUAGAAAAUGGAGGGCUGGGAAUAAGUUCCAGUAACAGCUUUCCUCCUCCGAGACCUGUUACUGUGCCUCCACAAACUGCACCAAAACCCCAGAAGACCAUCUUGAGGAAGUCAACCACUACAACAGUGUGAUGUAUGCCACUUGAAAAAAACUUUGUUUUUUUCAUAUAUAUAAACAUAAAUAGGUAAAGAGCACUUUCUACUUGAGCAAUAAAAAGACCCAGUGUAUUACUCCCAGUGUAUCCGGUGAAGUGGCAUAAAAAUCACACGGUAAGUAAAGAGAAGAAUUUCCUUUUGGUCACCAUAAAAUGCCUUCAUGGCUGAAAAGGAUGCUGAAAAAUACACAUGAUUUAGCUCACGGUUUGUAAAUUUCUGUAGCAGUUUCCUAUCUGCAGCACUGUUUAAAAGAAAGUGGAAAGAAAGAUCAGUUUGAAAGUGCAGAGUGCUGAUUCCUGUUAGAUUCUCGUCUGUCCAACUUAAUGGAGUAAGCAGUGAUGCUGAAUUCUGGGAAGUUUUCUGUUUCCAUCCACUGUGCUUUAAAAUGCCAUUUGACAAAACAGAGUGGAGUGGCAGAUAACACUUUUGACUGAAUUCUAGCAAAGACAUUUUUCUGUGCCUGAUUGCUUGAGUGAAGGCAUUGUGUGUGGAGCCAUUCAAUAGGAAGCAAUCACCGGACUUUCAGGCAGCUUGACCUUUGGUGAGGGAGUAAAGAAGUAAAUGAAAGGUAUGUCCACAUGUCUUUGCAAAGCAAAAUGAUCUCACAAUGUGUUUCUCACUUGCUCAGUGUGCCACAGCCAGGGAGAAUGACAGAGCUUUCACGAGAGCAGAGACUGUCCCAUUCACUUAUUCUAUGUUUCCUCAGCUUCCAUCUGCAGAGCAGUGGUAAUAUUUUAUCUCGCUUAUGUCUGCUGUAGAUUAAAGCAACACAGCACAGUCCUGCAUUUUUUAAAAAAGCUUUUGUCUGGUGCAAAUCUCUUUUUGAAGGCAAAGAAAAUUUUGCCUAAGGUCUUCAGAGGCAUCCACUUAAUUCAUUUAAAGAGCUUUGAAGUUGAAAAGCUCUAUACCAAUUACAAAGCAUUAACAUGCAAAACAAGAUAUUUUACAUGCUAUCACAUUUUGAUGGUGAACCCAAUUAAUAUCCUUACUAGAUGAAAAAAAAAUCCUCAGUGUUUUAAAUUAUUUUAUGAAAGGACGUUCUUUUAUUCUCACAAAGAGAACUGUUGGUACCUGAAGUUAAAACCCAUCUGAUCAGUGAAGAAGAUGUGAUUAUAAAUCUGUUAUGUACAAAAAUUGUGCCUAAUUAAGCUCUCAAAUGGCCCAACAGCAGAUGCUGUAUAAAAGCACUAUGUUUUUUUUCCAUUGAAUUAUAAAACAUACUCUAUGGCUUGAUCCAGGUUGGCUUCUCUAGGGUAUUAUGAAAGAAAAGAGGGUUUUUUGUGUUUGUUGGUUGUUUUUAGUUUGUUUGUUUAUUUGUUUUUUAAUUUAUAUUUCCAUUUGAAUGCAUAAUAAGAAUUUAGAGUAAUAAAGAAUAAGAAUUUAAACUAAAAGCCCAUCAACAAGCCAUGCAUACAGUUUCCCCAUAUACAGUUGGUAGUAUUUUUAUGGUAUUCAAGACAAAAUAAUAGGAAUAAUAAUAACAAAAAUGUUAAAAGAUUGAAACCUAUUGAAAACAUCUACAGUGAGCAAGGAUCAUGUGUUGUGUGGAUACUUAUAUCGGGUCUGACGCUGCUAGUUACAUUACUUGUAUAGAAGAUGCAGAACAAGGGCAUCAUCUCAAGUGCUUGGUCAUGACUUCACCAAGUGCUCCUCACAUGCUUUUGUGAUGCACUUUGCAUUCUGCAUUGUUUGACAAGUAUUUUUUCUUAUGGAAGCUGAUGCCAAGUGGAGCCCAGGCAGGAGAAAGCAGCAACCAGUUCUGUGCAUGCAUGAGACUUGUCCUGCCUGGGUGAGGGUUCUGCUGCAUGCCUUCCUUGGCACAUUGGAAUAUUGCAUUUAAAGUCAUCAAAACUGUGUGGGGACUGAUCCAUGCACUUGCAUUGCAUAGCUAUGGUUUCUAUUCUGAAAAGAAAAUGUUGGCAGUUGUGAUGCCUUUAUCACUCCUAUGGGGAGCACAUGCCUAAUCUGGUAAGUAGUUUAGUGACUUUUUCCCUCUUAAAAGAACUACCUCAUACAAGAACUUAUUGGAUAAUUUCAGUCAAGCAUUCCAUGUUUAAUAUAAAAUAUUUGUGUCACAUUAAAUUUAGGAAAAUAACAAAAUAGUCACAGGAGAGACAGUAAGCUGCACAUCCUACCUCAUUUGUCUCAGCGUUUCAGAGUAUGGACUGAUCUCUGAUGGCCGUGCAAGUAUUUCUCCUCUAAGAUAUGCCCAUCAGAAACAACAUACUGGUACCUCCAGAUUAGGUACUGUGCUGUAUGGAUAUGCUUUGAUGUACAUCCAAGUGUCCGUUUCAUUGCAUUGUUUUGAUUACACAUCUCAGGUAUAUAAAUCUUAAGUGCCAGCUAAUUUUCAGCACUGGCUUUUGUAUUCUGCCAGUUAAGGUGAAGUAUUCCAUGUUCAGUUUUGGUCAACUGCAUAUUCCAUCUCUCACCUUGUCCCUUCUUUGUUCUCUGAUUCCCCAAGCCACCUUCAUACCCUUUUCCAAACUACUACCCUUAUUUGUGCAUUUUAACAGACAAAAUAAAGAAUACUGUGCUAAACAGUGUAUGCAGCUUUUCAAAUACAAUGCAGCUUUUGGCCAGGGUAAAAAAAAAAAAAAAAAAAAAAAAAGUGAACAAAAGCUUCAAAAUGUGGUGGUUUUGUUUGUUUGUUUGUUUGUUUGCAGUGUUUGCUAAUCCAGUCUUUCUUUAAUGAACCAACAUGUUGCCUGUUUUUUGUUCAUCAUGAUACCAGAGAUGAACCAGCUCUUCUGUUCCAAUGAGAACCUCUCUGGCCUGUGUCCUACUGUGAGGUAUUUUUAUCAGCAGAACAAUUUGAUCACAUUAAGAUGGCAGAAUAAAAUUCAAGUUAAACCGGGUAAUCUUGCAAAGCGUGGGCAUCAACUUUUAUUGAUAUUAUGUUAUCAAAUGUUAUUGAUAUAACAUUUAACUUAUGCAGCACUGUCUGGAAAACUCUGAUUAAAACAGUUUAAGAAAUAAUGCAAUACUUCAUUCAUCUGGAAGUGGUUCUUGCAUUUAAAUUAGGAGUGUAAUCUCUGUGAACCAUUUUUAAACACCUGUAACGUAUCAUAUUUCACUCGUGAAGAAAACACAAUAAACCAACCAGAGCCAGACAGCAGCUGCAUGCCCUAGAAACUUAAAGCCAGUAUCUUUGGGGUGACAUUUAAUGUUCUGCAGAGAUGAUAGUGGCUUGUAUUUCUGUACUGAAAUUUAUGUUUUAUGUACUGAAGAACUGAAAGUCCAGUAACAGUACUCAGAUCUUUAAUGCCAUGUUUACCACCAUUUCACAGUACUGCUCGGCACUGAUUCCCAGGUGGUAUUCUGAACUCUGAAUUGUCUGGAUCUAGACAUUUCAGAGGCAAAUAGAAGGAGAAAGUGUUUUCUAUAAAUUUAAUUAAGGUGGUAAGCUUAGGGAGAUGGAAAUAAGCAGUGUAAAUGGCUUAAUUUGUAAUAAUAGCAUUUAUCAACAAGGAACUACCAUAGAGAUGCUUAAUAAGAAGGGAGCAUCAGGACUCUAAAAUUAAGUCACAGUCCAUUUUAAGGCUCUCAGAUAAGACUCUUAAAAAAAAAAAAAAAAAAACAAAAAAAAAAGACUGCUGAUCUGUUUAUUACUUUAUAAACAUCUCUGUCUUCUCUCUGUCUUCUGGAGUUCUUGCCAUCUCCAUCACAGAUAUGCUGAUCAUUUUCCAUUGAAGUCUGACUGCCAACCCAUCACAAUCAUGUCCACUAAACCUCAGUACUACUUCAUAUUUCUUUGAAACCUCCGAGGUCAGUGACCCCACCACUUCCAAGAGAACUUUCUUUUCCAGUGCCUAAGUUUGCUACUCUUUCUGAGAAGAAAUUUUUCCUAAUAUCCAACUUGAACCUUACUUGAUGCAGCUUGGGGCUGUUAUUUCUCAUCCUACUGCUGUUACCCAGGAGAAGAGGCUGACCACUACCUCACCGCAGCCUCCUUUCAAGGGGGUGUGGAAAGCAAUGAGAUCUCCUCUGCUCCAGACUACACAACCCCAAUCCCCUCACAGCUUCAUUGCCCUUCUCUAGACACCUUCAGUCUCUUUCUUAUGGUGAGGGGCACAAACCUGAGCACAGGUUCAGCCUCACCAGUGCUGAGUACAGAGGGACAAUCACUUCCCUGCUCCUGCUGGACUCUUCCUUUUACAAUGCUGAAUCUUUGGGAAAUUACAAGGACGUUUUCUUACUGCUGUGAUAAAGUUAUAAAAUGUCAAGUUUUAAAAAGAGUGCAAGGGUUUCAUAUGCAGGUAUGGCCAAGAGCAGCAAGAACAUUUCAUUUUAGUCAGGGCUGCUUUUCAUUAUUGAAUAACUAUGCACCUUUUGUGGAGUGAAUGUAUUGAUAUAUAUUAAUAUGAUAUAUAUGAUAUAUAUAUCACCUUUAUAUAUAUAUAUAUGUGUGUGUGUAUAUAUAUAUAUAUAUAUAUAAAAAUAUGUAGAGAGACAACAGGUCUUAUACACUAAGAAACUCAGUGUCAUGAGCUGCACCCAGUACUCACUCAACAACAGUGCUUCAGAUAAACCACUUCUGCUGCUUCACUGGGGGAAGACAAAGAGCAGAGCUGAUGGUGCAGGGGUUCCAGAAACUGCUGUCUAUUCUCCUUUGCUGAGGGAUAGAUUUUUUGUUUUUUCUGUUAUCCUGAAAUAUUUAUGUACUAAGACUCUCAGAGGAACAGAGCACAGUCUGUUUCACAGUUGGCUGUAAAUUAUGUUCAUAAUAUGGAAUUAUAUUUUUAUAAGAGUUUUCUGAUCUCAGAUUUAUCCCUUGAUGCUGUUCAGUUGAGUUUGUGGCUGACCUCUUUUGCAAUCUUGCAAGCGAUAAAAGAAGAAAAGCAAUUAACAUAUAAAGAAAAAGUAAAAUGCAAAUUAUGAAGAAAAAAAAAGGAUGUUUAAGUGUGUUAUUCAGCAAUGUCUGCAUGAUGAUGACUGCACCAAUCCCAGACUGAUUUUAAGUAUGGUUUUCAUUACUUGAAACUCAAUCUUGAAUUCAUUUUAAUCAUAAGAAAGCAAAAUUCAGGCACAGGUUGGACUUUUAAUAGAGGUGUUUAUUUCCUUUCCAGUUCAGUGUUGCUAAGUAAAAGAUAAUAAUGCAUGUCAAUCUCUUUCCUGAAUCAAUUAACACAUGAAGAAUAGAACUCAUUUGUAUAUUCAUCAGUCUCUCUCGUUUUCAAGUUUUUUAUUUUCAAACUAUUUUUUCAAAAACAAUGUAUGGUUUUGUAUUGGAGUACCAAAUUGCAUUGUCUUCUGUCACCAAGGAGUUACUGCUGUAUGCUAAAAUUGUGAGGGAUAAUUGUUUUCUCUUGGAUUCACAGUUCUAUUGAAUCACGUGGUUCCAAUUCGUGUAGUUAUUUUUGAGCCUCUAACACACAAGUCAAAACUUUCAGUUCAGCAGUCAUUAAGAACUAAUGGAUGUUUACUUCUGCUAUUGUUUUAUUUUCUCAUUACCUCUGAAGAAAAAGAAGUCACUUUUACAGAAGAUCCAUGUACACUGUAAGUAUGUUCCAGUUUCCUUCUGCUUUAUGGAAAAAAAGAAAAAAAAAAUGGUCCACAUUGACAUCCACCUUGGUAAACACUGAAUUUGCAAAUAUUUCUUAGGAAAUACCUGAAGAAUUCCCACAAUAGCAAUUUUUUACUCAUACAAGAAAACUAUAGAAUGGGAACUUCAAACUAUUGCUUAAAAAGUCAUGUGAAGAUGCACAUAUGUGCUGCUACUUAGUAAUUACUGCUGCGGAAAAUACGUUUCCCAUUUGCAGUACAUAGAUUUGUAGUGAUGAAAUGUAUGAAGGAGACGAACUGGUCUUAGCUUCCAAUUUUAUCUAUGUCUGUGUGAACCAGCUUCCUCAUGCUGUGCUGUUAAUCCAGUCCAGCUGAAUCAAUUAUUGGAAAGACUGAUUUUGCUUUACAUUCUUUACAUGUAAUUUUUAUUUAUUUUGUUCUUUUUUUUUUUUAAGUGUUCGAAUUAUUAUCAGCUUUUAAAUAUCUGUAAGAAACAGACAGAUCUAUUUGUCUACCUAUCUGUAUAUCUGAUAUCUACAUAUAUAGAUAUAUCUAGCUAGCUAGCUAAGGUGGAGAUGUGCUUGUCCUUUAAUUUAGUGCAGUGGGAACGCUGAGUAAAGUGCUAGUAGAGUUGGAAUUAACAGAGUCAGGCAGUUCUCUGGAAGCUGGAAAUGGAACAGCUUACCUCUAUUUGAACAUUUGUUCCUUUUUUUCCAGAAGUUUCAAAGUACAGCAUUUUGUGAGAAAUGUUCGUAAGUAAAUCUGCUGAUAACUUACAUUACAUUACAUACAAAAGAAAGUGUUUGAAAUGAUUCAUCUCUAUUUAUCUCAUGAUCUAAAUAAAGCAUUAGAACUUACUUUGCUGUUCACUCUUACUGAGCAGUAAUGGUGGCAUCCUUAUUAAAAGUCUGUUCCUCUGCUAGGGCUCAAGGUAGAGAAAUAACACAAACAAGUGAAGUGGCCUGUAAUGGAACUUUUACAAUUAGCUGUUGUUAUUAUUAGCUGCAGAAUGAAUUUAGAACUACGUAAUGAAUGCAUAGAAAACACAAGAUUUAAUAAUACAUAGCAAAUAGACAAAAAAUGUGGUUACAUACUUUAAAUACUGUCUUGUGAUAGAAUGGAAAAGAGGACUGUAAAACAAUAGAGAUGAGUCUCAGUCAUGCGACAUUAUAUCUCAGUAUUCAUUGUAUAUCCAGGCCAUUUGUUCAGGCUUUAAUUCUAACAGGAUUAACAGGAUAAUUAAUCUAUUAACAGGAUAAUAACGUGUUUAGGUAAUCUGAAAGUUUGGCUUUUGUACCUUUCAUUAUCUUCAUUCAUCUUUUUUGGUCCACAAAUGCAUACCAGCAAGAGGAUAAUGUUGGCCUCUCUUUUUCUUAAUGUCAGGCUGAUCAAUAUUGCUAAAUUUAUUAUCUAUGUCAAUAAGAAUGCUUAUUAUUCAGAUAGUCUCAAUUUUGGCUGAAAACACCUCUAAUCAACAGUCAAAAGUUGGAGGAGGGAGCAAAAAAUUUACCUUCCUGCUUUUAGCAUGCACUGACUGACAGAGCUGUCACCGAGUUUAAUUCUGUGCAUAUGAUUAAAACUAGAUAUUUGUGAUUGUCACAGAUUGAAGUUGUCACAGAUUAAAUCCAUGUUUUAUCUUACCAUUUUGAAGGCUUGCUUGAUGUUUCUGUCACAGAAGAAAAUAUUCAUGGUACUGUGGCCAGUGCUUUUCAUCAUAAAUAUUCAAAAUAAAGUUUCUGACACCAUACUUCACUUUGAAGAUCUACAGAGAGAGUAAUUUACGUUAAUGCUCCCUUUUAGCCAUUAAAGAGUCAGGUGUGCCUUUUAUUAAAGGGAAGAUUAAAAUGUAAUUUUGUGAUGUUUACAGCAAUGCAAUCUUGUAGUUGGCAAGAGAGAUGGAAAAAAAAUGCAGUUCGGCUUACAAGAAGCAGUGGAAAAUUUGGAUUAUAAACAGGCAGUACUCAGAGCAGACAGUUAAUGAAUUGCUUCUACUUGUGCAGUGUCUUGAAGUGAAGGAGUCGCAGGCCCCUUAUGGAUACAUGCUCUACCUUUUAGCAUAGUUACUUCAGAACCAAUAUCUUUCUGAUAUCUGUGUAAAAUCUGUAAUGGAUAUCAACUGUAGUGACAAAUCCUUUUGGCAGCCAGAAGUGCUAUUUAGCUGCAUACUGGGCUCAAAAUCAGCCCACGGAUGUGAAUGUAGAUAGAUGCUCUCAAUUCCCUGUGCUGAUGUGGGUUAUGCAUUUGACACUGCAUUAUUUCUUAAGAACAGUCCAAACCUGCCUUCACUUCUCAUUCUUAUGCCAGUCCCUACAAUGAGUCAACCACAGACAAUUUGGUGAUGAGGCAUUGAAACAUAUGGGAGACAAAGGGUGUAUGAAAAAUGUUUUUUUGCAAGACUGGUGGUGCAGAGUAGGGUGUGAUGUAUGGACAGGAAAGCAACAGCUGCAGAAAGAUGUUGUUGUUGUUUUUUGUUUUUUUGGGUUUUUUUUUGCUUUUCCUUUUGGGCAUUAAGAUUAUAUCCCUAUUAAAUUAAACACAGACCUAAUGAUCCCUUUAGUUAAUGUUGACAUGUAAGGCUUUCUCAGAUCAAACACUGAUGUUGCAUUCAUUUCCAUACUUUAAGUUUUUGCAGCCUCAGUCGUAACAUGCUACUGAGAAAUUAAAAUAUCACUCUAUGAAAGAUUUCUCUAAAACUCUUCAGCAAUUACACCUCCUGGUGAUAAACAUGUGAAUAUCAGCUCUGCUGAUUCAUAGUUUUUAAUAUAUAAAUUUAAAAGCUGCGUAAACAACUGAAUCAUGAUCCUGAAUACCUUAGAGACCAAACAUUUAUCUUUAUUCCUGAGGUGAGCUGAAUUUUAAAUACAAUAGUAGUAUUUCAGCAGUGUGUCUAAAUUGCAGACUUCCAACAACAGUUUGGAGACAAGCUCUAUACUAUUUGAAAACCAUCUGAAACUGGAUUUUGCAGAAACAAUCCUACUUACAGGACCUUUUUCUUACAAUAUAACAAAGCAAUAUUCUCAUUAGAAAAAGUAUUUAAUUAGACUAUGUUGAAUAACAGUCAUUUUAAAUGAAAACGUCAGGGGAGAAGGAUAUUGUGUUCUCAUGGCAGGAUGAGAUGAGAUGCCGCUAGAUGAAUACGAAUGAAGCAUCUACACCUGAAUGCCAGUAGUUGAUAUUGGCUUUAACUUAAAACACAUAUAUUUACAUUUUGCUUCAUUAUUUUUAAUUUUAAAUUAUAACAAGCCAGUUAUAGCAGCACUGAGAGCAAAGUACAGAAAGCAGCUGUUCCGAGUAGUUACAGUCUAGCCCAAUCUGAAAUCAAUUCUGAUCACAUUCAUACUUUAGAGUAAAUCUGUUAAAGCUAUAUGACAUUUCUUCUUGAAGGAAAGAGCCUGUAGAGUCUGAAUUGUGCUGCUGUAUUAAACAAGGAAAAAGUUGAAGCUGAACAGUAGAUCUUAAAAGCUAAACUUCAUAUAAGCUUAAGGCUCGACUUAUACGUUUUAUAGCGUUAAUGCUUUCUACAAACAUUGUUCAUUUUAUCCCUCUUCUUUAUAGUGAUAUUUGGCUCCAGCUGUACAAAGGCAUGUUUUUCAGUCAUUUCUUUUAAGGCUGGGGAAGCAGUAAUUAAAGUUGUAAAGAAAUUACAAAUGACUCAUUGAUUUCUGGAAAGAAUAAUGCCAUCCUAACAAGCUUCAGUGAUGAUCUAACAAUCUGUACAUGCAGGCUGAGGCAGGGAAAGAAAAUCAUUUGCAUAUAGUAGCACCUCUUUUAACAGGUUUGUAUCGCUAUCAUUCAUUAACCUUACAUGCAGGAGAUUAAUUAUUUCUCUCUCAGACAUGGAGUGAGUCUUAAAUCUUGUUCAAGUGAAUACUUCAUGAGCUUUCAGCAACUGCAUUUUGUAUGACAUAUUUUCAAAGAGAAUUUCAUCUCUGUGUGGAAGCCUUAAAAUGUCAGAAAUACAACACGGAGAUUUUUAUAAAAACUAUCAGAAAGUUCUGGAACUCAAAAUAAGAGUAUUAUGGGUAGGAAGCUGUUGUACUGGUUUUGUGUUCAAUGGGGAACUGCGCAUUAGAUAAACCAAUCUUGUACAACUCUACAUUAUCAAUACUGACAGGGAAGAGUAUGAACGAUAUAUCUCAUCCCACUGUCUAUGCUUGAAAACAAUCUGAUCCCUCAGAUUAGAAUUUCGAGUUUGUGUCUUCCUGUGUGUGAUGAUCUCACAGCUGUGUCAGUGUGUUCUCUCAUGGUUAGCUGUGAGCCACACACCCAACAUUGCACUGUGUAACCGGUGCACAGGAAUGGAAGGCAUAGCAGUUGAACUGCUUUGCUCUUGGCCUUUGACCAGGUUUGGCAUUGUUGAAACAAAGUCUGUUGAACCCUGAUUGCUUCUAGACCCCCACACGUAGUUGGACUGAGUAACUACUGUGAAACCUGUACUGGACUAGCUUUCACUGUUCUUGAAUUACAUAACAUUUCCUUCUUUAAAUACCACUAAAGCUAAGGAAAAUAGAGCUUUCUGGGUCUGUUCCAAGGAAUGAAAUCUGAAGGGUAAUUAGAAAAGACAAGGUAGAACCACGAACAAAAUCUCAUAAGCACUGGCAGUGCUUGAUAUGUGAACUACAAUCUAUUCUAGCAAGCUACAUUCCAUGCUUAAUGCUGUUUUCAGACCACUUCUGAUUCCAGUUACUUGGUUUUGUUUUCUUUUGGUAAAUCUUAUAUGCUUCCAUCAGAAUGAGCGAGAAGUCCUUAUUUGGGUAGGAUAAUUUCCAAUUCAUCGGGGAAACAGCUUAUACUGGGUAUGUAUUCAAAUAUAUUACAAGUGAAAUCAAACAGGCUGUUCAUGUUUUAAUUUCAUAGAGUUAUGCUUUUCAGUUAAUACUGUUUAAGGGACUAAGUUGAAAGUAUAAAAGAAAUUUAUUUUUUUAUUCAGAAACUUUCAACCUAAUUCUGGCUUGAUUAUGAAAUGAAAUGUACAGGUUUAUUUAUGGUUUAAUAACAAAGGUUUUUCCAAAUUAGAGCUGCUUUUUUUCCUUGUUUGUUUGUUUUUUUCUCUUUUAAUAUCUACAGAGGAACUCCCAAGCGCAAGCAAAGUAAAACUGUGUUGCAGUCAAAUGCAGUUGUUACUCACUGCAAAAGAUGCUACAGAGUUUAUGAACAGUGUUAUAUUGUUGCUGUAGCUAAUUAGUGUAUACUUAAUAUUUGGUGCAUGAAUUAAUAAUGAAUAUAGCCUUCCUUGCUGCUUUGUCAAAGACUGGUGGUAAAUGACAGUGUGAGGGGGUGCUGACAAGAACUUAUUUCAUGUUCUGCUCCCAGUGAGGUCCUGAAGAAGAGAGGAUCUCAGCUAUUGGGAGUACACAGCAACUCAUGCGCUGCAGGCUGGAACUGGGCACUUUACAGCUUGGUUUCUUGGUUUGGAGCCACUUAUUACAGUAACUUGUUUAUCUCUAACCAUCUGUUUCGUGUUAUGUACAAUAUUGAAAAGUUUGUCCUCUUUGGAGAACUUUUUGGUCAUUUUUCAUUAUUUAUUCAUACCUUUCUAAACCCAAGAGCUUAAAGUGACUUGAGUUAUCAAAAAAUAAGAAUUUUUGCCUAUUCACUAUUCAUCAUCUUUGCUUACUGUCAGAAAGUGUUUUGGCAGCCUCAACAGUACAGGUGCCACAUUCAUUUUACAUUAGAAGCUUUCCUCAACAUGUACAGUGGCAAGUAUUUUGGCACAGUAUUGAAAUUAUAAAUGUGUUUUCUUUUCCCUAGCUAUUAUGGCAUGCCUCUGUUUUCUCCAGCAUUUUAGAAUGCCACUUCAAUAAUUCAUUUAUAAAAGCCAAGGCUUCAGCUUGAACAGAAGAGCUUGUUACUGUUUCAGAUAUUAAAAAUUUAAAAUAAUCACAUUUAUAGGCACUUCUUUCUGUGCCUAUCUAUACACAACGGUGCAGAGCAGGAACAAGUUUUUGCUGUUAUUUUUUACUUUUAUUAAGACAAAAGACUUUAUAAUGAUGAUUUCACUUUCUUUAAUACCUCUCAGAGGUUAUUAAAUAUCAGUUGUCUGGGCUUAAGACAUUGUCAAGCAUUAGAGCUGUUCAGGGGCUGCUCACUGCAAUGAAGUGCCAAAGCAGACAACAGAAAAAUUUUUCCUAGCCCUUCCGGAAGCUUCCAAACUUGAUUUACGGCACAGAAACACAUUGAAAGAAGCAGAUGUCAUAAUGGCUUGAUGACCAUUGUUAAAUUCAAGCCAUGACUUUCCAAGGCUGUAAAGUGGAGAGUUAUGGAGAGGUAAGUAAGAUCAAGAAGCCACAAAGGGAAGAAAUCCCAGUGCUAAGGAAAGAGGAAGUCUGCAGCAGAAGUGAAGAACAAAGAGACUGUGAGGGCUGAAGUGUCAGGCUCAGCAAGAAGGUAGUCUAAUGGCAUCAUCACUGCCUCACAUCCCAGUUUGGACUAGUUUUAUGGGUGAUUCAUAUGCGUUUUACUUGCAGCACUUCCUUCCGGAAGGCUAAUUUGUGUAUGAGAUGACCAAGUAUUUAUUGUAUGUUGUUAUUCUUUUGAACAUCAUUUGCUCUAGUUCUGCACCUAGAUAUGCCUGCCACUUGGUUUGCUUGUUAGUUGGUUUGUUACUUGGUGAUUUUUCUUUAGUAUGACUGUGGUUUUAUGGGUUUUGUUGUUUUUUAAUGUUUGGUUGCCCACAAUGCCUGUAUGUUGAGGUGGCUGACUGGAAAGCUUUUCUUCUCAAAUUUUCUGACUAAUAUAACCUAAGAGCAUUGCUUCAAUAAAGGAAUUGCAGCAUGGAAUAGGUAACCUUUGUUAAAAUGCGCAGAGGUGGUCCUGAGAGAAAAUAGACCUUUUCAAUAAAUACUUAUGCAUCAUAUAGAACAUGACAGUUAAGAGAAAAUUGCAUUGAAAUGUCAUUUUCAGAAUGACAGAAAUUAAACUUCUGAAUAGUCAAGGCCAAAACUAUUCAUAGAGCUAGUGGUUAUAUUGAGGAUGAAUCUGGCCUGCUGUUCUGAUGAUAGGAUAUGGGGACUGAAAGGGGCUUCAAAAACAGAUGAAUUGGAAACAGAUGUCAGGAAGCAUUUUUAGAAGCAUGCAUUUAUGAAGUAGCUACUGGGCAAAACAGUUGAUGGAAAACACAAGGGAAUGAGAAUUAAUGCAAGGGGAGAGUGGAGAGUAAGAGAGAUUUGGUAUCUCUUAGUAGCUUCUUCAGAUGAAAAAAGAUGUAUACGGGUGAAGUCAUAUGUCCCUUAUAGUUCCUUCUAUUCACUGCCUUGGUCAGGUACAAAUUGCCAGAAUUGAAACAUAUUUAUUAAUAUUUCUUAAAGUCUCGCCUUGUCUAUCAGUCAAAUUACAGCAAUUCCAACACAGAGCAUGUGCCAGGUUAUUAAGUUUAUGGAAGUCAUUACAUAAGUACUUACUGUAACUUCAGCUUGAAGAGGGUUGUGCUUACAGGACUUCAGGGAAUCUAACUACUUAACCAGUGAAUUGAGACAAAGUAAGUUUUCAAUGUUGAGAGGCAGAUUAUAGGAUUAUUUCUAAAGUGUAGUUUCCAAUUACUACAAUAAAUAAUGCAUUUCAUAUUGGUAGUUGCUACAGCAGGUGUGGUAAUGAGAUGAAUGGUGGUACAGAUAAGUGUCCAGCUUUUGAAUCAUAGGUAUGAGUCUAACACAUGACUUGGUAAUGUGGAACUUCCAACAAGCAAUCUGAAAAAAUGUGUUGUGAGGAUCCUUAUUAGAAGAGUUCCUACACACAGGUGCACACAUGCAUGCUGAUAUGUCUGUAUGUAUAAAGCAUACAUGUACCUUAAAAGACAAAGGAGGAGUUUCUUGAGAUGGAAUCUGUACUGUCUGCACAGAUGCUGCAGAGAUAUAUAGCAGACUCUAAAGAAUGCAUACAUUCACUUUAUAUGGAAUUGAAAAAAGGGUCUGGCCACUUGGGAGGAAUUUAGGAACCUGUGGGGAUACAACAAGGAAGGCUACUGCCCACUUGGAAUUAAAUCUGCCAAGGGAGGUCAAAGAUAACAAGAAAGGCAUCUUUAAGUAUGCCAACAGCAAAGGAAGAUCAUGCAAAUUGUGGGCCCGCUGCUGACUGAAAUGGAUGCCCUGGUUCUGGGGCACACUGAGAACGUAGUAUUUCUGAACACUGUGUUUGCUUCAGUCUUUACUACUAAGACUGCUCUUGGGAACUGCAGACUAACAGGGAGAGUCUGGAAAAAGGAAGAUUUUGUCUUGGUCACAGGUUGUCCAGACAGACUCAGCAUAUACAAGCCCAAGGGCCCAGUGCGAUGGAUCCAUGCCUGCCAAGGGUUGUAGCAGAAGUGACUGUAAUGACUAUCAUUACUGAAAGGCCAUGGAAAAAUGAGAGAGGUGCCUAAAGACUGGAAGGAAGCCAUUCCAGUCUUCAGAAAGGGCAAAAAGGAGGACCAGGAGCACUACAGGCCAGUCAGCCUCACCUUCAUCCCUGGGAAGGUGGUAGAAAAUCUUAUUCUAGACAUCAUCUCCAAGCAUAUGGAAGAAAAGAAUGUUACUGGGAGCAGACUGCAUGGAUUCAUCAACAGGAAAUCCUGCUUGAUCAAUCUGGCAGCCUUCACGGUUGUCAUGACUGACUGGGUAGAUGGGGGAAGAGUAGUGGAUUUUCUGUACCUUGACUUCAUCCGGGCUUUUGACACUGACUCCCAUAACAUCCAUAUAGGAAAGUUUAGAAAGUGUUGAAUAAAUGAGCAGACAAGAAGUUCGAUUGAGAACUGGAUAACUGUCAGAGCUCAGACUUGUGGUCAGCACAGAGUAUAUCUGGAGGCCUGUAGCUAGUGGUGUUCCACAGGUAGUAUUGGUUCUGUUCUUGUUCAACGUCUUCAUCAGUGAUCUGGAUGAAGGGAUAGAGUCCACCUUCAAGUUUUCUAAUAAUAAAAAGCUACACAGAGUGGCUGAUGCACCAGAAGGCUGUGCUACCAUUUGGCAAGACCUGGACAGGCUGAAGAGUUGGGCAGAGAGAAACCUUGUGAGGUUCCACAAGGGUAAUUACAGAGUACUACAUGUGGGAAGGAGUAAACACAUGCAUCAGUACAGGUUAGGGGAUGAUCUGCAUAGCUGUGCAGCAAAGAACCUAGGUGUCCUGGCAGACAAGAGGAACCAGUUGUGUGUCUUUGUGAACAAGAAGGCCAGUGAGAUUCUGGGGUGAAUUAAAAAGAGUGUGGCAAGCAGUUCAAGGGAGUUUAUUCAUCCUCUCUACUCUGCCCUGGUGAGGAUAUACCUGGAGUACCAUGUCAGAAAAACAGUUCAAGAAAAACAGAUCUUUUAGAUAGAGUCCCUCAGAGGACCCCCAAGAUGCUGAGAGGCCCAGAGCAUUUCCCUUAUGAGAAAAGGUGAAGAUACAUGAGACUGUUCAGCCUGCAGAAAAGACUAAGGGGAUAACUUAUCAAUACUUAAAAAUUUAUGCAAAGUGGAUUAGGCCAGGCUCAACAACUGCUUUAGCAGAGUGUUGGACUAGAUGAUCUCCAGAGGUCCCUUCCAACUUCUGUGAUUCCAUGUUUCUGGGAUUUUGUGAUACCAGUAUUUCUAGAAGCAAGGCUAAGUGACCUUAUUAUCUAUUUAACUACUGUUCUAUUUUGAGGUUUCACAAUAAGUUAUAAGGACUUGUUCAGUUAUUUCUUAUUUUUACAUUGGUUUCUGGGCUUUCUUCCAUCCUAGCUGGCAAAUAAGUGAUGCUGUCCAUAACCAUUGCACACAAUGCUUGCAAUAGCUUAUCCUUUGGUAUCAAGGCCAGGAUAGGCAGAUGUUAUUGCUGCCAAUAGCUCCUGAUCACUUGUCACCAAGCUUAGAUCACCAGCUACUGGUCACCUGUUACACCACUGCAAACUUCUAGUUCUUUUUUAUUUAUUAAAAUGACUUUCUUCUCUGACUGGUGAUGUUGGCACAUUUUGGAUAAAUAAUCACUUUUUAAAAUACAUAGGAUUAUCAGAAUUGGGACUGAGAUUUUCAAUUAUACUUGAGAUUAUAUGCUGCUUACAGUGAUGCUGUGGUAUGACCUAGCAGGUAGCUGCACACCACACAGCUAUUCACUCAAUCCCCCUUUUCCAAUGGGACAAGGGUGAGAAUCAGGAAAAAAAAAAAA